CUUCCUCGCCAGGAGUAAUUUCUGCCACCUCUCCUUUUUCGAUUUUCUUUGCCACCACAAAUUCCUCCAUUCUCAUCUUCUAUCCUCUUCAUCGACUGAUUUCUUGCUCAUCAUCAUAAUUUAUAAGUGUCUGAUUUCCCGACUGUUACUCUCACCACAUAAUUAAUUACCCUACCAUGCACCUUACUAUAAACAAUGCCCCCACGACCAUCACAUGUCUAAAAUCUUCUCUUUUUUUCCUUUCUUUUUUUCUCGGUUGUGUUUAACAAAGAACCCUUAGUGUUGUGGGAGGAGUACUAGCUGCUGUCUUUAGUUCUAGUUCUUACUUCUUAGUGUUGUUUGGUUUGAGGGGUUUCAAGAGUAAUUAGGAACGUGCGCCGAAUAAAGUGUGGUAAUAGUAAAAAAAGAUUGAUGGAGUUGGGAGGUGGCGGCGGUGUCUCUAGCGGCAGCGGUGGCGCCAGUGCUGACCACCACCAUGAUUCCUCCGACCGUAACCGGGCGAACAAGAAGCGCUACCACCGUCAUACUGCCCACCAAAUUCAGAGGCUUGAAUCGAUUUUCAAAGAGUACCCACAUCCAGACGAGAAGACAAGAUUACAGUUAAGCAGAGAGUUGGGUCUGGCUCCUCGUCAAAUCAAGUUUUGGUUCCAGAAUAGGAGGACCCAAAUGAAGGCACAACAUGAACGGGCGGAUAACAGCACACUCCGGGCACUAAACGACAAAAUCAGGUGCGAAAACAUUGCGAUCAGAGAGGCUCUCAAGAACGUCAUCUGCCCGUCGUGUGGCGGCCCGCCGGUCAGGGAAGACCCUUACUUCGACGAGCACAAAUUGAGGAUGGAAAAUUUGGCUUUAAAAGAAGAGCUAGAUAAAGUGUCUAGCAUAGCUGCAAAGUACAUAGGGAGGCCAAUAUCACAGCUCCCACCAGUUCAGCCUAUCCAUCUAUCCUCACUAGACUUGUCCAUGUCUACUUACGGUGCCCAUCAUGGAAUAAUGCACGGUGGCCCUUCCCUUGACUUGGACCUCCUGCCGGGGAGUAAUCAUCCGCCGAUGGCGGUGGCGGGCAUCUCCGACAGCACGGCGGCUCCUCCCUUCCCUCCACUAAUGAGCCUGUCGGACAUGGACCGAUCCCUCAUGGCCGAUGUGGCGGGCAAUGCGAUGGAUGAACUGAUUAGGCUGUCACAUGGCAACGAGCCCUUUUGGACCAAGUCAACGGAUGGCGGGAGAGAGAUUCUUGACAUUGAAAACUAUGAAAGGGUUUUCCCGCGGGCAAGUACUAUUCACUCCAUGAAGAACUCCAACGUUAGGAUCGAGGCUUCUCGUGAUUCGGGUGUCGUCAUUAUGAAUGCUCUUUCUUUGGUUGACAUGUUUAUGGAUGCGAAUAAAUGGGUGGAAUUGUUUCCCACCAUUGUCUCCAAGGCCGCAACACUUGAAGUAAUAUCAUCUUCUGGAGUAUUAGGUAGCAGAAGUGGAACAUUGCAAUUGAUGUACGGAGAAUUGCAGGUGCUGUCACCUUUGGUUCCUACACGACAAUUUUAUUUCUUAAGGUUUUGCCAGCAAAUUGAGCAAGGGACAUGGGCAAUAGUUGAUGUUUCAUAUGACAAUAGUAACAUUCCUCAUCAAGAAACUUAUCAUUCUUCUUCUUGCAAAGUAAACCGCCUCCCUUCUGGAUGCUUGAUUCAAGACUUGCCCAAUGGAUAUUCCAAUGUGACAUGGGUGGAACAUUUGGAGGUGGAAGACAAGGUUUUAGUUCAUAAACUGUAUAGAGAUGUUAUCCAAUGUGGAAUGGCUUUUGGUGCAGAAAGAUGGCUUGCUGUGCUUCAGAGAAUGUGUGAGAGAUUUGUUUGCCUAAUGGUCAGUGGCAAUUCUACCCGUGACCUUGGAGGAGUGAUCCCAUCAGCAGAAGGGAAGAGAAGCAUGAUGAAGCUAGCACAAAGAAUGGUGAGCAGCUUCUGUGCUAGUGUGAAUCCAUCCAACGGUCACCAUUGGACGACACAGUCUGGGGCGAACGAGUUUGAGAUACACGCCACCCUCCAGAAGAGCACCGACCACGGCCAGCCCAAUGGCGUCGUCAUCAGUGCCGCCACCACCAUUUGGCUCCCAAUUCCUCCCGAAACCGUGUUCGAUUUCUUUAGGGAUGAGAGGACUCGACCCCAGUGGGAUGUUCUUUCCAACCAAAAUCCUGUCCAAGAAGUGGCUCACAUUGCAAAUGGCUCACAUCCAGGGAACUCUAUAUCUGUUCUUAGGGUAUAUUUCCUUUUCAAACUUUCACUCUUUUCUUUUGUUUGAACUAGUUUGACACCAAUAAUAUCUUCAAUGUAACAAUAUAACAAUAUGCACAAUGUACUAAACAGCACCAAUUUGGUACAAAUAAUUAAUUUGCAUAUAUGUUAUUGGCAUGGCGCAGGCUUAUAACACAAGCCAGAACAAUAUGCUAAUAAUCCAAGAAAGCUGCAUAGACUCCUCCGGCUGCCUAGUGGUGUACAGCCCGGUCGACUUGCCGUCGAUCAACAUGGCGAUGAGCGGCGAGGACCCCACCUACAUACCCCUCCUCCCUUCCGGUUUUACUAUCGCGCCCGACGGCAGGUCGGGCCAGGGCAAUAACAAUAACAGCAACACAGUAAGUGAUCACCCCUUUCAGCAGGCAUCAUCGUCAUCAAGUACAAUCAACAAUCCAGGUAGUACCACUGCCACUGCAGGUCCAGGCGGGGAAGGCGGUGGGUCUCUUAUCACAGUUGUGUUCCAAAUAUUGGUUAGUAGCUUCCCGUCGGCUAAAAUGAGCCCCGAGUCCAUCGCCACCGUCAAUAGCCUCAUCGGAAACACUGUUCACCAAAUCAAAACCGCCCUGAAUUGCUUUGGUAACCCCACCCCAGCUUAGCUUCCUGAAUUUCAUUCCUAAUGUUUAGACUGCCUAUCCCCUAGCUAACAACCAUAAAGUUUCUCCUUUCCUUUUCAAGCUUCAAACCCUAAACCCUAGGGAAAAUUUAAUGUUGGAACGUCCUCCUUUUUUAACUUUUACCUCAAAUAGUUGAAUGCUGGCUCUAACAUUAAGUCAUCAACUCCAUCUACUAUUCCACGGGAUUGAUGACAGAAUGUUAGGGUGCAUAUAUAUGCCUAGCUAAUUAUAUAGUUGUACGUGGAGCUAAGAAAGCCUUAGUUUCGACCCGAAUCCAAACCCGACCCGUCUUCAAAAUUUAUUGAACCGGCCAGGGGACUGUAAGUGUGCAUGGAGCCUGCUGCUAGUGUCUUUAAAGACACAACAGUACAGUUACUAGUAGCUAGCUACAACAAAUACAAUGGUACAGAAAGGAAAGCUGGCUGGCUACAUGGCUGUUGAAUUGAAUGAGGCAGAUGAGAUCAGAGAGAGUUAAAUUAGGGUUAGUUGGGAAGCUAUGAAUGCUGCUAUGGUCCAUGAAUGAAGAGCCACACGCUGCUGCCUCUCGCAGUCAAUGCCAUUAUCGAUCCUCUCUUUCUAGCUAUAGCUCCUUUAUCAUUAUUAUUAUUGGGAAGAAUUAUGUUUUUGUGGGAAUUUUUUAUUUUUAUUUUAUUUUUUGACCCAUCGUUUUUAUCUUAAAAAGGGAGUCAAGAACGCACCAUAUAUACAUGUAUACUUCUUGCUGUGGUCCUCUCUAGCUAGCAUUCACUUCCUCCUGCGCGCCUUGAAUUUUGUUUCGGCAGAUCAGUGUCACUGUCAUAGUUUAAGCAUACACAGCAAAGAUGAUAUUAUUGUAUGGUUCGGGUAUUGACUUCUCUUAAUGGAGUGAACUUUCAUCUAUCACUACGGAGUAGUAUUUUUAUUACUAUGAUGAUAUUAUUUUGUACCAACACUCAUUUGUCAUUCUUCUGUUCAAGCCAGAGUAAAAAUGAAACUCUAAAUAUGUUCUUAACACGAGUUAAAG